CAGACCAUUUGUCAGUAUGCUGAUGAUCAUCAGGCAUAGAACUAUCCCGAGAUGUAGUGUUUCCAUCAGUCAUGAGAAAGGUCAUAUGACUGGUUGUCACGAAUCCCGUGUAGCCGCUCUCCACAUGCUUUCGGUGAUGCCGGAUUGCUUUUUUUGCCAUCAGCCCAGCUGAGUAACUCAGCCUCAUAACCCCUCCACGAUAUUUUCCCACAACCUUCUGACAACUUCACUCAUCUCUGCCUAACUGUCAACAUCACAAAACUUUACAUACAAGUAACUUACAAGGCGCAUUCACAACAACUGUCAAUAUGGUUCUCUUGGGAGGCCUUGAGCUAGUUGCAGCUGGCUACAUAAUCCACAAACACCAACAGAACAAACGGGACAAGCAAAGACUCGAAGACGAGGCGGCAGCCCUCGAAGAGGAGCAAUACCGCAUCUUUCCACCCGAUGAUCGCCACUCUCGACCUGAGCAACGCCGUAGACGACGAUCCCACUCCCGAAGAAGACAUUCAGAAGAUCGAUACGACCGUCGAACCAGACCUCACUCUCAUGAUGGCAAAUACAGGCGCGAGAGUCUAAGCCCACGACCUAAACCCAUCUUGAAGCCUACGAACUACUCGAACCCUCAACUCGCAGCUCAAAGACCUCCUCCAUACAAUGCCGCUGCAGCUAUGGUUCCUCCGAUGGCUGCCCAACGUCCAGCUCCUCAAGUACAGCCGCAAGCCCAGGCUCCACCUCCAGCACAAUCAUACCCUCAAGAUAUAAAGUACGGAUGGACGGACAAUCAACAACAACAAAGACCACCGCAUGAUCCGAACUAUCCUCCAACAGGAUGGCCAUCGGAGUGGCAGCAGUCUCAAGGAGCUAGCUCAAGCUCUCGCGCACCACAACGUCAAACCGCAGAGUCGUCGAGAGGUAGAUCAGACAGGAGACCAGAAGAAAGUCCCAGAGUGCGAUUUGCGGCGCCGAGACAUAGUCCAAGUGUGAGGUCGUUGAGUCAAUCACCGCCACCUUCCUACAAGGAAUAGAAAGCUUUCGAGGCAGAGUGUGGACAAGCAGACGCUGGCGUUAGGCUUGCUGGGAAUGAGACAUGAAUAAUGAACGACGAAGGAUGGACUUUGGUAUAAGGUUUACUUGCUUAGCGGGAGUUGUUGGGAGGGGUUAAAUGGCGUUUCUUUCAUGGCUGGAAUAGCUAAGGCAUGGAUUUUUCCACGAUACCAUUCGUUUCCUAUUACUUGGAAGCUGGGAUAACAAUACGAUGAAUUUGAUGCAGGGUGUUUGCUUCUUUGAUAGUGAGGAUGUGAGAAUGUGAGACUGCAAGAUAUAAAAAAACACCAACCACAUAACUUAAUCUCUUCCUAUAUAUAUCGGCUAUGACCGUGCAAACGAUUGCGAUCUUCUUCACCAACUUUUGCAACGAACAAACUGAAUUUGCUG